AUGAUUGCGCCGAUGUACAUUAAAGGCGCACUGCUGGUGGCAUUAGUUGCGUUAUUCGCGGUGAACGCAGUCCCCACAACGUCAGCAGCAGCUGCUCCAAAAAUCGAUGACGCUCUAACGGAAGAUAUUACUACCCAAGAACUACCGCAAACCACACAGGCUCCUCCAGAUGACAAGAAUACGACAACACCAGCAACAACUACAACUACUACGGAAAGUACAACAACUAGCAGCACCACCACUACUCCCAAGCCUACUACCCCUACGACAACCUCCUCCACCACUACCGUGACCCCUCCACCAACUACGCCACCAACUACUACCACCACGCCCGCUACGCCGACACCCGCGCCAACCCCGACGACGACGUCUACCGAAACUCCCACUACUCCGGCACCAACACCGGCCCCGCACUGUAACCGUUUCGACGCGUACUCCUUCGUUGGUGGUAUGAUUCUUGCCUACGGUUCGCUCGCCAUCUCGUUGGUACUGUACAAAUUUUACAAAACGCACUCGAACGCCGCCGGUAUCGCCAACAAUUCUAACAACUACCGCACGUUGUAA